AUGAGUUCUUUAUUUCGUAGUGAGGAGAUGUGUCUCGUGCAGCUGUUUUUUCAAACUGAAUCGGCUCACAAUUGCAUCAGUGAACUCGGGCAUCUUGGAUUAGUUCAGUUUAAAGAUCUGAAUCCUGGUGUAACAGCAUUUCAAAGGCGAUUUGUGAAGGAAGUGAAGAAAUGUGAAGAAAUGGAGAGAAUUCUGAGGUAUCUUCAGAAGGAGAUGGUGAAAUCUAACAUUGUAACUGUCGCAACGAAGGAGAAGGAGAUGGUUCCCUGUGCCAGAGAUGUUCUGGAGCUUGAGUCCACAUUUGAGAAGUUGGAGCAGGAGCUGCGAGAAAUCAACCAUAACCAUGCCACACUCAGACAGAACCUCAUUGAGCUGAUGGACAUCGACUCUCUGCUGAGGAUGACCGAAGAUUUCUUUGAAGAGGCCGAGUUGCUGCUAACCUACUCUGAGCCUCCGUCUGAAGACUCGGUGUCUAUGACCGUCUCAUCAUACAUAACCAGCCGCAGAAACAGCAACUCCAGCACCUCUGGAGCUUUACAUCUAAGCUUUAUUGCAGGUGUAAUCAAACAAGAAAGGUUUCCUGCUUUUGAAAGGGUUCUUUGGCGCCUUUUUCAUGGAAAUUUUGUUCUUCGGCAUGCAGAGAUACAGGCCACUGAGGAACUCCAAGCGGUGAGGGGAUCUGUGAAGAAGGAUGUGUUCAUUAUAUUUGUCCAGGGAGAUCAUGUGCGAGAAAAGAUCAGAAAAGUGUGUGAAGGGUUUCGUGCCAGCUUGUACUCGUGCCCCAAAACUCUGUAUGAACGCAAGCAAAUGAGCAACAGUGUAAUGACACAAAUGGAAGAUCUUCGAAUGAUCCUGAAAAGAACUGAAGAAUAUCGUGCCGGGGUCUUGACCCGAGCAGCGGAGCACGUCCAGGAGUGGGGCAGUAAAGUGAAGAAGAUGAAGGCCAUCUACUACACCCUCAACCUCUGCAACAUAGACAUCACACAGAAGCUGAUCGUGGCAGAGAUCUGGUGUCCCGUGUCAGAUCUCGCUUUAGUUCAGAACGCCAUGAUUAAGGGAUCUGAGCAGAGUGGUUCCAGUGUGAGUCCAGUCCUGAACCGCAUCCAAACCCAGCAAACUCCACCAACCUUCAACAGAACCAACACAUUUACUGAGGGAUUCCAGGCUAUUAUUGACGCCUAUGGGGUCGGUACUUCGGAAAUCAAUCCAGCUCCAUACACUAUUGUAACCUUCCCCUUCCUGUUCGCGGUGAUGUUUGGAGAUUGUGGUCAUGGGCUGCUGAUGACGCUGUUUGCAGUCUGGGUCAUUUUACAGGCUGAAUCUUUACAAAAGAUGAAAAAAGAGCUUACAGAUAUGGUUGUCGGAGGACGUUAUAUUAUCCUGCUCAUGGGAAUGUUCUCCAUAUACACUGGUCUGAUUUACAAUGACUGCUUCUCCAAGUCCUUCAACAUCUUCGGCUCUUCCUGGCGUGUUCGGCCCAUGUUUCAGCCCCAUGGGCCUUGGCAAAAUGAAACGCUGCACGAGUAUCACCAUCUUCAGCUGAACCCAUUUGUGCCAGGAGUUUAUUCUGGACACCCGUAUGUGUUUGGAAUCGAUCCGGUUUGGAAUAUCGCAUCAAAUAAGCUGUCCUUUCUAAACUCCUUCAAGAUGAAGAUGUCGGUCAUAUUGGGUGUCUGUCAUAUGCUCUUUGGACUCACCCUGAGUUUGGUCAACUUUGUACAUUUCCGAAAAUUCCAGGACGUUUUCCUUCAGUUUGUUCCGCAGCUGAUCUUCAUGCUGUCUCUCUUCGGAUACCUGAUCUUCCUCAUCCUCUAUAAAUGGUGCAUCCCUCUACGCUCUGAAACGGCUCCCAGCAUUCUGCUGCUCUUCAUCAACAUGAUGCUGUUUGAUUACCAGUCUGAGUAUAAGCUUCUUUACGCAGGACAGAAAGCGGUUCAGAUCUUCUUGGUUGUGUCGGCUAUGCUCAUGGUUCCUGUGCUGCUUCUGGUCAAACCCCUCCUCAUCUACAGGACCCGCAUGAAAACCAGACACCAGGUGUUUGGAAACAAUCUGAAUGAUCAGCAUGAAACAGAUACACGCUCCUCCUCACAUCAUCAGAAAGAUGAGAUGACGAGUAUGGGAGACAUCUUUGUGUAUCAGGCCAUCCACACAGUCGAGUUCUGCCUGGGCUGCAUCUCCAACACGGCCUCGUACCUUCGGCUCUGGGCGCUCAGUCUGGCUCACGCAGAGCUGUCGGAGGUGCUUUGGCGUAUGGUUCUCCAGGUGGGUCUGAAGAUCUCCUCUGGUAUUGGUUCACUCAUGCUGGUCCUGCUGUUUGCUGCUUUCGCUGUUCUCACCGUGACUAUUCUUCUGGUUAUGGAAGGCCUGUCUGCAUUUCUGCAUGCUUUACGACUACAUUGGGUUGAAUUUCAGAACAAGUUUUACGAGGGAUCCGGCUACAAGUUCACACCCUUGUCCUUUGACAACCUGUUAAAAAGACAGCAGUUAUAGUUUUUAUAUGUGCUAUUCUUGUAGUUUUUACUGUAAAUAUGUGAAUGUAAAUGCAUAUUUGAAACCAGGGGUUUUCAACAGGGAUCUCACGAUUAUUGUUUAAAAUGAACUGCUGAAAAUUUGCAAGAUGUAGAUGAGUUUGUUUCUUCAUCAGAACAGAUUUGGAGAAAUUUAGCAUUAUAUGACUUGCUCACCAGUGGAUCCUCUGCAGUGAAUGGGUGCCGUCAGAAUGAGAGUCCAAACAGCUGAUAAAAACAUCACAAUAAUCCACACCGUCUUUACAUCUUCUGGCUAAAGUGUGAGUCCUCUAUGUUGGUGAGUUUUGAUGUUAGAGGACAAAGGGAUGGACUUUUUCCACAUUGAUUAUGGACUCAUAUUUUGGCCAGAAGCAACAGGAUAAUGUAAAAACACCUUAAUGAUGGAUAUGUUUCUUAAAAACAGGCAACUUUGCACUUCACAAGACAUUUAUCGUGUGGAUUAUGAAAUUGUGUGAUGUUUUUAUCAGCUGUUUCGACUCUCAUUCUGACGGCACCCAUUCACUGCAGAGGAUCCAUUGGUGAGCAAGUGAUGUAAUGCUUAAUUUCUCCAGAUCUGUUCCAACGAAGAAACAAACUCUCUACAAAAGUAACUUUAAAAAAUAGUUACAUUUACGUAGGCCUGCUUGUU